GGGGAUGUCAUUGUAAAUUGAAAAUUUUAAACACUCAAACGAAUUAGGGGUUCACAAUUUCUCAAAAAUUUUUCACUCCAAUCAAACGAUUAAACCUCACAGUCCAACUCCAUCACUGCUUCGCUCGUCAAAAUUCCUCUUAUUUACUCCCAUUCUCUGACGAAGAAUUGAAAUUUUUGUGCUUCCCAGCCCGGACGUUACCUUCUUUCUCAGUAUUCCUUCUUCCCAAGGUUCCAGAGGACCUACAUACACGUGUUUGAUCAGAAGUUAUUAUCUUUCUGCUAUUUAUGUUUAUGGGUUUUAGUGUUUUGGUGAUUCUGAAUGAUGGGUUUUCUUUAGUUUGGGAUUAUAACAUGUGGGGCACGUGUAUUUUUUAAGCCGUCCAUUUUAUUUUAUUAUUUUUUUUGUUGGAGUAUAAUUCAAAGCCGAAUAUGAGAGUGAAGUUCAUGCCUUUUAAGAGGUUUAGUUCUAGUUCCGGUAGAAUUUUUUUAGCGUUCAUGUUUGAGUCUUUAGAGGUCCAUGUAGUCUGUCAGAAUUAGAAUACCAUAUCUGGAUUGAUCAGGAUCUAAUGUAUUGAGUUAGGACAUGCAUUAGAGAUUUCUCUAUUAACUGCAUGUUUACUAAUCGAACUGCAAUAUCUUUUACAUUAGUUGCAGUUUUUUUAUUGCUAUAUCGGUUGUGUUAAACUUUUUCUGGGUUUUUCUUCAAUGAUGUGGUAGGGAAUUGUUUCUUCUGUUCUUGUUGAAACAAAGUGCAGAACAUAUUGAACUUUUUCUUCUAUAAGGAUUACAACAUGCAGAGCACUAUAACGUAAUUAGCUUGUGGUGUAAAAGAAACUUAAAUAAGGGAGAAUCAGGGCUGGGUUGGUAUGGACAUUCAUGCAAUUGAUGAAGAAGGGGGGAUGGGCCAUCAUGGGAUGUGUGAUGAUGGAGAUAGUGAAGCCAAUGAAGAUGAAGCCAAAAAUUCAGAGAAUGCUUUGGUUCAGGAUGAAGAUGGGAUUGCUGAGCCAUAUGUGGGUACGGAGUUUGACUCUGAAGAUGCUGCUAAGACUUUCUAUGAUGCGUAUGCUACAGUUGUGGGAUUUAGCUCCAAAGUUGGUCAUCUUAGCCACCCAAAACCUACUGGGACAAUAAUUUCGCCAGAGUUUGUAUGUGGCAGAGAAGGUUCAAAAAGGAAGCCUUGCGAUAGUUGUGAUGCAAUGCUUGGGAUAGAGUUAAAGGGUCAAAAUAAAUGGGUUGUCACAAAGUUUAUAAAGAAGCACAACCAUUCUUUAAUGAGUCCUAGUAAGGUGCAUGACCUUUGGCCUCACAGGCAUUUUGCUGGUGCUGCAAAGUCCAUGGCUGAAAGUUACCAAGGAGUGGGAAUUGUGCCUAGUGAUGUCAUGUAUGUAUCCAUGGAUGGAAAUCGUGCCACUGCUGAGACAAAUAACCUUGGCAUUAGAAAUACUCCUCCAGCUGAAUUAAACCAGCUGGCAAAGAACAUUGGUACCGUGAAUUAUGCGAUAAGGCCAGUUAAUAGAAAGAGAACACUAGGGACAGAUGCCCAGAAUCUUCUUGAUUAUUUCAAGAAAAUGCAGGCUGAGAACCCUGGUUUCUUUUAUGCAAUACAACUUGAUGAUGAUAAUUGCAUGGCUAAUACAUUUCUUACUGCAAUGAAUGAAUGCCAACCUGUCUCAUUAGUCACUGAUCAAGACAGAGUCGUAAAGAGAGCAGUCGUUCAAGUGUUUCCUGAAGCCCACCACUGUAUCAAUAAGUGGCAUGUCCUAAGAGAAGGCCAGGAAAAGUUGGCUCAUGUAUGUCAUGUGCAUCCUAGUUUUCGGGUGGAACUUUAUAAUUGCAUCAAUUUGACUGAAACUAUUGAGGAAUUUGAAUCAACAUGGACUUCCAUCCUUGAUAAGUAUGACCUCAAAGGACAUGAUUGGCUUCAGUCAAUAUAUAACGCCCGCUAUGUCAAUCAACAGACUACAGUACCUAUGUUCUUUAGGCAGUAUGAGAGGGCUAUAGAGAAUUGGUUUGAAAGGGAGAUUGAAGCAGAUUUUGACACAAUUUGCACCACACCAGUCUUGCGGACACCCUCACCUAUGGAGAAACAGGUUGCAAGUAUUUAUACAAAGAAAAUAUUUAUGGAAUUUCAGGAAGAGUUAGUUGAAACUUUUGUUUACACUGCAAAUGGAAUUGAAAGUGAUUGAGCUAUUAACACUUUCAGGGUCGCAAAGUUUGAAGAUGACAACAAGGUGUAUAUUGUUACAGUAAACUAUCCAGAAAUGAGAGCAAACUGUAGCUGCCAAAUGUUUGAGUAUUCCGGCAUUCUCUGUAGACAUGUCUUGACAGUCUUCACAGUAGCAAAUGUGCUUAUACUACCAUAUCAUUACAUCUUGAAAUGAUGGACAAGAAAUGCAAAUGUGCUUU